AUGCUUGCAGAUGCCUUCGUAAAGGCUCACGCUGAGGCCAUCAAAGUCGAGACCAGAAAAUCAGACCUCUUUAAAGUGAAACAAAGAGACAACGAAAUGUUCAGGGAAUUCGUAUCGAGGUUUCAAAUGGAAAGAAUGGACUUGCCUCUGGUUGUGAACGAUUGUGCUGUUCAAGCAUUCACUCAAAGACUCAACCCCCAAAGCUCCUUGGCUUCACAACAACUGAAACAGAAUUUGAUAGAGUACCCAGCGAACUAUGACAGGCCCAAAAGAGUCGUCAAUCAUGAACCAAGACCUAAUAGGAAUCAGUAUCAACCAUAUAGCGGAGAUCGAAAGGGCAGCGGAUCCGGACGUAACCCUACGAGGAAUGAAAAAAGAAGCGAUCGAGGUCAUAAUAGCCAGGGACUCAUGAGCAAAAACGGUUUCGACAGGCAAAUCGGGGCCAGGGAGGCACCAAGGUUAUCGGAAUACAACUUCAGAGUCGAUGCUGCCUGCAUCGUAUCAGCCAUUAUACACAUCAAAGAUACCAAGUGGCCUCAGACAUUGCAGUCUGAUCCUACCCAAAGAAACCCUAACCUGAUGUAUAAGUAUCAUGGCACUCACGGCCACAGGACCGAAGGCUGCAGACAGCUAAGAGAAGAAGUGGCCCGGGAAUUCCUAAGUGAUCGAGCCAAAAAUCACUUCAGGAAUAGGGACUCCAACAAGUAG